GUUACUCUACAUAUUUACCAAAUUGUUUAACCUCAAAAUUAGUGUCAAAUAUCUGUAACUUGUCAUUAAGUUUAAUCAAUUUAAAGUAAUAAAAAUAGAAGCAUUUUACUUAAUUCAAUUUACACAUGCAAAAAAAACUUACGCACAAUAAACCUACAUGGAAAUUAAAGUCUUUUUCAAUGUCCUGUAGUCUGAAAUAUGUUUACUCAUAUCAUCAAAUGUAGAGCUGUACUGAAGAAGCCGAUUUUGCCAAUAUUUAGUUGAAUCGGCAUUUCUGCCAACUUCCAAUACUCUUGUUAAUUUUCGGCCGAUAUUACUGAAAAACGAAAGAGACUGCCAUAACCUAAAAAUCCACGAGUACCCCUUUCACUUUUCGUAGUAGUACUGCAUUCUUUCAGAUCACAUUAUUUCUUAGCAACAUGUGCCAACCGUACAAAUCAAGAUUUAACAUCUUUUUUUUUUUCAAUAAUGUUCUUUAAUUUUAAUAUGUCCUAAAUAAAUACAUUACCAUCACGGUAAAUACACAUCUCGGUUAUUACGGUAACUAUAGUGCAAAUGUGGUAACUAUCAUGCUUCUGCAGUAGUUAUGGUAUCUACAAAGAAUCUUGUUCUUUUUAUGGUAAUUAUCUUAAGAUAACUAUUGGAAUUGUACUGUAGUUAUGGUACAUCAUCCAUAUUUCUUCGUAAGUUGUUGUUCAUUUGUCUUUUCUUCAUAUUUAUAUUUACGUGCGCCAUAACUGGCAGGAACUUUCAUAAAAAUUUUAAACGGGACUUUAUAUCACACAUUUAAUGGCGUAAAUGAUGAGACCCCGGACAAUUUAAACGCUUUUUACAGUAAAAUGCGGGAAAUGUUUCCGCAUAAAGCGGGAAAUACUUCCGCAUAAAGCAGGAAAGUGAUACAUUAAUGCUAUGCGGAAAAUUAAAGAAGUAAAAAAAAUUAAUCACGGAAAUUCGUAAAUCCCAGGUACGUAAAAAUGAUGUGUUCAUGUAAACGGUCGAUCAUGUUACAUUAUAAAGUAAAGGAUAAUAGUGUUGUAAGACUUUUAUUCCGAUAUAAUGAGAGUCUUUUUUUUUAUAGCUACAGUGCAAGAAAAGCUCGCUCGAAUUUCGAGUUGUUGAAAAGCCACGAGCUCGAGUUCGAGUAUUACUAAAAAACUCGACUCGAAACUCGAAUUUCGAGUACUCGCAGGUGUCUAACAAAUCUGGAUUAGUGGCGAUGUUGUUUAGAAUGUCAGUACAAAUGUUCUGUCUUGAUUCCUUUUGCUCGGGAGUGAGGAGUUUCGGCACCAUUUUUGCUCAAACCUUCCGCAUGUUAAAUGAUUCAUUUAACAAUUUGUUCAAUGUUAUGAUCCGUUUUUGACGUUGAGGGCUGUCCUGGGCGCAGAUUGUCUUCAGUCGUUUCACACCCUUUUUAAACAGUUUAAACCACUCUAACACUUGUGUGCGGGAUAAACAUUCAUUCCCGUAGACUUCUUUCAACAUUGCAUAAGCUUCUGCGGCAGUUUUCCCUAGUUUAACAAGAAACUUGAGGUUAACCCGUUGCUCCAUCUGACCACUUGGCAUUUUCCCGACCCGUCACUAGUGCGUAGACUACCUAGUUCUAUCAACUGCUACAGUCAAACUGAGCGACCAGCUGGCUUGUAUAGCGAGCUCAGGGUGGGGGAAGGACCAUCAGACACAGUCAUGUUCAAACAUGUCGCGGCACGCUCGCAGUUUGCUGGGAGCAGCAUCAGUCCGGUUAUUUAAUAGCCGCACCUUGUAUGUCAGUAGCAAAAACAGAAAAAUGUUAAGAAAAUAAAUAAAUAAUGCAUUGGUUUGAAUAAUACAGAAAGCAUAAGGGCACAACUGAAGUUACUUCAACAGCUGCCAGGGAUAAAAACCAUCUACACAUGAUAAUAAAAUAAUAAUUAUUAACAUAAACAAUUGAAAUUCUUAUCAUUGUUAGCUGAGCUUGAUAACUCAUGUUCCUAGCUUUAAAAUCUUUAUUGAGAGCCUUUAAAUCAGAGUAAUCUACACAUUAUGAAUUUAUGAGUUAUAAAAGUAUUAAUAUCUUUAUAAACUGAUAAUUGUUCUAUAAUGUCUGUGGUGUACAGAAAUAGUUACGUGCUGCAUAUAAGAAACAUUAAAGACAAAAAAAAUAGUAGCUUGUGCGAGUUUCUUUCUUGUUCAGCAUUAUUUUUUUAGUUUUAUUCUGCGAAUGCGAUUCCCCAGUUUUUCACGUGUCAAAUCACUGUAUUAGUUUUUUGUUGGUCGUGGCUUCUGUUUACUAAUCUCAGAAGUAAUAGUAAAAUAAAAUAAGAAAUGAGAGAGAAGAAAGAAACUGAGGAAUAGACUCCCCUUCCCCGACCAUCCAAAGGAUGGCAACCCAAAUAACACGUCACAUUAUCUGUCAAGGUUCGUCAGUACACAGCGUUCAAAAAUGGUAUGAGUGACGUAGUCUGUACGCACGGCGAGUAGUUUUUCCAUUAAGCUAUAAACACAGUUCAAAAUAUUGCAUAAAUGACAAGAGUUUGAAUGCAUAGUGUGCAGUUUUUCAAAUAAGCUCUUUUUAACUUGCAAGACAAGCAGAUAAUUCCUGAUGGCUUUCAAAGAUUCUUGGAUACAUCCUAGAUUUCCUAGCACCAAAAAUAUUUACACCCAAAUGUAAAGGUUUCCUGAUUUUCCCAAUCAAAUGGCCACUCAGAACAAAUAAAACCUUCAGUUGUUACAAAAUUUUAAAGAAGAAUAUAUAAGAAGGUUGAGUGCUGUGACAUUGUUUUGUUAUUGCUCGUGCAAGCGCGUGAGUUGUGGACUGUUAGGAAGAGUGAAGGGCAGGAUGGCUGGAAGCCAGCUGUGCAGUGCAUGCCAUGUGUGGGGGGAAAAGAAGCAUGUUUUUUUAAUUUUUUUAUUAUGCUGUGAAGCAACUUUUUUUUCUGUCAACCCAUUAGAAAAGAUAAUUGUUUGAGCUGUCAAGAUGAACAUCUCCAGCGGCAGUUAACGAAGAGUGAAUGGUCGCUUUGUGUAUCUACUCGAAAAACAUGUCAGCAUUUCAGUAAAACAAAAUCCUAAUGUCUUUUGUUUAUAACCGGAUGUUUUCUACCCGAUUUAAGUUCCUUAGCCACAUUUCGAAGGAAACUAACCACCCACCGGCCAGUGCUGCAUUUGCUUUACAGAAGCAUAUAAAGCUUUUUUAUCAGUUUGCUGACAGUUAUAAUACAGUACCUAUACAACCGAAAAAAACUGUGACUCUGAAUAUAAUGCGACCCCAAACUUUUUAACUAUGAGUUUAUAAAUAAUACUUUAUGGUGUAAAAAACACAAUUCAGACACACAAAAAAAAAAUUUGAAUUUGUAAAUUUAUAACAUACCUAUUUACCUAUUUACCUAUUUACUCUUUCCAGAGUAGUGAUUUGCACGGCUUUUUUUUUUGAACAGCAAGCAACAAUCAGAAGGAAAAAAGGCAGAAAUUUUUACACACACACACACACACACACACACACAUAUAUAUAUAUAUAUAUGUUAUGGCUGUAGAUCAUAAGCCAUUCAUCCGAGAGCAAAGAAUACUGUUACAUGGUGGUCAACAGGAAGACUGUGAAGAGGGGUAGGGGGGUGCCUUGGCUAGCAGCCCCAUUCCAAAGUGUUAUCUUGUCUCAUCUGACAUGUCUAUGUCUAGGGGCAGUGAAAAAUGGUGAAUGCGAAAUCGCGAAGUUUUUGUAAAACCCCUUUCAAUUAUCUGUACUGUAUCAAAAAGUGAACUUAACCUAUCCACAGCACACCUAUACACAUUUCGUUUUCGCGAAAUCUUAUUACCACCGCGAAAUAUACCGUCAAGGCGCGAAAUUGGCUACUUGGUAACGAAAUUGCGAAAUGCCUAUCUAAUUUAAUUCGAAAAUACGUUAAAAUUAUUAGCAAUGCACGAAAUAACUUCCGUACAUCGAUACGAUCAUACGAUACUCGACGUAGCGGACUGUACACAAAUGGGAACAGCUUUCCAGACAAAAGAAUAACAAAAAUCACGGAGGAAUGGUAUUGGUUGGAACAGAACUUUUUACGGGCGUGUAUACCAAACAGAACAGCCCGCGAGUUGUUACCUUUGUGCUUUGUUGUCCCUGUUCACGGGAUGUAAAAAAUUAGACGUGUUUGCCAACUGGUUGUUGUGCUACCGCAGAAUAUUAAAAAAAUCGUAACAUAACCUAAUAUAACGUAACACAACCUAAACAUAAAUUAUCUUGACUUUAACUCCCAAACAAACGCUUCGUUGUCAGUAAAAAUUGUGCAUAAACAUGCCAAAGGUUUUAAGUGUAUUUGAAAGGGCACGGGAGUAUGAAAGUGAAGGGUUUUAUGUGUUUGACAAACAUAAAAAAGUUAUGAUGUGCAAGUACUGCAAUGUAACAGUUGACUGGAAAAGGAAGGAUAGCUGCGAAAAACAUUGUAAACAAAGGUCUUCGCACAAAGUCAACAAGGAUAAUGGUGGCAACGGAGUGAAAAGACAGAUAACAAUUGUUGAAAAUGUGUCUUUGAACAAAAAACUCAAGGCCGAAAAAACUAAAUUGGCGAAAGACACAGUGCGGGCUUUCGUGCAAGCAAACAUCCCGCUUGAAAAACUGGACCAUCCAGGACUGCGAUCUUGGAUGAAUGAAUACAUUCCAGGGUCCGGUGACCUUCCACAUUCAUCUACCUUACGAAGCACUUACCUUGAAAGUUUGAAAGUUGAAGAGGAGGAGAAAAUAAAAGAACUGGUGAAAGGGCAAGACAUUGUUUUAUUGUGUGACGAAACAACCAACAAGAAAGGACAGUGUGUGUUUGUCGUUCUAUUUAAGAUUAUGUCUGCAAGCAGUGAACAAAAAUUGCUUGUAGCUGGGACGAAAGUUUUGAUGAAUGCAAAUUCGACAGAAUUCUCACGAGCAAUUGUUGAUAUAUUGGUGAAAUUUGAUGUAAAAUAUGAUAACGUAAUUUCUUUCACUUGCGACUCGGCGAAGUACAUGACAAAAUGUGCUGACCUUUUGCGCGUUUUGGUAAGAUACAAACUGCUACAUAUUCAGUGCUGGGCACACAAGCUCUGCCUGGUUGGCAAUAUUUGGGUGGCACAGCUUUCCGAACUGAAUGAGUGUGUAAUGAAAACCAAAAUGUUUUUCUUGAAUUCAAGGAAAAGGAAACACCACUAUUUGCAGUUUCUGACGGUAUCGUCCAUUCACCCCAAAUUGUUCCCAUCUCCUGUUUUAACACGCUGGAAUUCGUGGUUCCGUGCUGUGGAGUACAUUGACACAUACUUACCCCAUCUUUUAGAAUACUUCAAGACAGAAGAUGCAGAAACUAGUGGAAGUUCAACAGAAUAUUACAUGCAGAUGUCUAUGGACAAAGUUGCUGUUUUGCAAUGUGAAGCAAGAUUUGUAGUUGAGCACUGUAAAUCAACUGUAGAAUUGCUUGAGAUUUUAGAGGGUUCGUCAUAUCCUUUUGCUCACAGGUUGCUAGGAAAACUUUAUGAUUUGAAAACCAGUUUCAAAUUGGCCAGUGAUAAUACUUUUCAUCCUGAAACAACACAGAUGCUGAACUCACAACUUUGCUUGAAAUCUGCUGUUAGGGCUACUCUUGUUUCAACAGGACAAAAGUCUCUAUUGAAGCUAUCAUCGUUGAUUGCCAGUGAUCCUGCCAAGGAUUUUGUAGAGUGUAUGGGUGCUUUGUUUGAUCCCAGAGAAAUUGCUUGUAAGGGGCUAGAGGUUGACGCUGUUGAGUUGCAGAACAAGGUUGAAAAACUUCCUUUCCUAUCCCAGGUGCCUUUUCGACUUGUUCUAGAAGGCUACACUCAGACUAAACAGGCAGUCUUAAAAUCAAUUUCUAAGAACGUCGAUAUUCUUACCAUCCUGCUGUCUUUAAAAUCAGAUUUCCCAGAGUAUGCAACCAAUGCUGUGAAGUGCCUGUGGAUCCCUGUUUCCAAUGUUGACAGUGAGAGGGCUUUUUCCAUGUACAGCAACAUCAUGUCCGACAAGCGAACAUCUUUGCGGGCUGAUAACAUUGAAGUUAUGUUGGGAAUGUGUUUUGGAGCUAGCCAUUGAAGUCAAGGAUUUUAAGUUUUUGUGUACUUGCGUUACUACCACAAUUCAGUAUUUUCACAUGUUCUCUAUUUCAUUCUUGUCAGAAACAAUGUAAACAGAUUAAGAAGUCCAUGUUAAGUUACUUAGUUUAUUACUCUAAAAGUACUUUUGCAAAUUAUUCAAAAACAUUGUAGCAGAUUGCUUCAAAAAAAAUCAAGAGGAUCCACAGUCACACUAUGCACGCCACAAACCUGGGUUACAAGUUUUGCAAAUUUUAUAACACAAUUUUUUAGACUGACUUUGGCUUAUUUUAUGCCUACUGAAAAUUGUAUUACAUUUGGUCAAAAAUAUUAAGAAAUUGUUUGAAAUGAUAUGAAACAAUUUUUUGGUAGGUGUACAGACACAUCUUUGUUUAAACUGUGUUUCGAUUUUUCCAUACAAAUGGAAUUAUUAUAAUUUUUCAAAAGAAGCUGAAAAACACUGCAACAUGGGCAACAUGGCCUUAAAACUGUGUACAAAAUUUGAGGAAACAGUAUGUGGGAAACCACAAAGCAGAGAUAGGACUAGAAGACUAUAUUCAUUAUAUUCUUUAUAAAUUGUAUUAUAAAUCUUAAAUGUGUAUUAUUAUGAAUGUCUUGUGUAAAAAAUUGUUAUAAUUGAAUCUCAUCGCUUAUGAAAUGAAUAAAAAUGAUUCUAAA